AUUAGGUAUAUAGAUAAAAAUCAGGAAAGUCGUUCAGAGACGUGUAAGUAACAUGGACGCCGCUGAUGGCUUGGAACAGCUUUUCGCAGAGCAUACGGCCGUGCCUGCGUUAGCCGUGUUGCAGCAGCUACGGAAGGACUUGAGCCAGCAGCAAGCUCAAAAGCUGCUGAAGAACCACCGGGAUUGUCUUCAGUUGGGAACAUGUAGUUUUGGUCGGCGCGGUCGAGCAUCAUACGCAUUGCGGACGCAAGCCGAGGUGCAGCGUCUCUUUAACAUCGCCAACAUAUCCGAUGAAGACGCGGCGCACUUCUGGGCGACGGGUGUCGGUCUACGUUUACGUGGUCCGCAUGGUGCCGCAGCCGUCCGUGUGGCACAUCCACAUGAUGGCUGCGUGUGCGGCGACGGUACAGCCGACACGACAUCCUUGCUGAACGAUUCACAAGCAAACCGCGAUCAUGCAGAACAUGGAGAUCCGUCCUGCGGCACCGGUAAGUGCCUGCCAAUGUGGGCAUGUGAUUGGCGUCUUGGGCUUCUCUGCAGUUGCUGGGCUGUUCUGAAGGCACUGCGGACACCUUCAUCCAAGUCAACGGCAUCAUGUUGGAUCCUCACCGGCGCUUCCAAGCUCAUGCCUGCAACCCACCCACCCGGAUGAAGGACAACGCCCGCCGCUACCAACCCUUC